CAGAGUGCAGAGGACUAACUGUAUUGCUUGCUUUCGUUUUUAAUAAUUUAUCUGAAAAAACUGCAGAAUUUUCCCUGUGCGUCUCGGGGAAGUACAGAAUCGGGACAAUUUCUAAAGAGAGAGAAUUACAGAAAUAAAUCCCCAUGGCUUUUUUUCCCUGCUUUGUGUAUCGCUUUACAUAUAGCUGACGUGCUGGGAUCCCUAAACAUGGAAAAGAACAUUUAAAUCAUCUCACAUAUGUGCAAGACAGAAAGACUUCACGUACCUCAUGCAAGUUGGCUUGCAGCAUCAGAAGAAGGAGAUCACAGCAUUUUGUCUGAGGCGCUCAGCUGCAAGAUUCAACUUUGUUCUUUUCCUUCACAACUUGAAGGGAUAUGAAGGCAAUUGGAAAAGUGUUUUGUGCUGCAGGAAUUGUAGCUGCACUUCUGGCUUUCUUCUGGAAAGACACUUUCGAUCCAGAGAGCCUGUCUGGUGCCCGCAUUCUCCUCACUGGAACCAGUGCUGGGAUUGGGGAGCAGAUGGCAUACCAUUAUGCCAGCUUUGGUGCUGAAAUUGUUCUGACUGCUAGAAGGGAAGCUGUGCUGCAGAAGGUGAUGAAGAAAUGCAUGAAGCUUGGAGCAAAGAAAGUCUUUUAUAUCCCUGCAGAUAUGUCUUCCUCUUCAGAACCUGAAAAGGUGGUCCAGUUUGCUGUCCAAAAACUGGGGGGACUGGAUUACUUGGUGCUAAACCACAUUGGCAUGACCCCUUUCCAGAUGUGGGAUGGAGAUGUGGAACAUAUCCGUUGGCUCAUGCAGGUAUGGAGUUCUCCUGUAGAAUCACUUUGGUGUCAGGUUUUGGGACCACUGAGAUGAAGAGAUAUUUUCCUGAUUGUUUGCUUAGUCAGAUUAGGUAGGCCUUACUAGUUCUGCUUCAUGUUGGAAACUUGUUUGCUGGAGAAUAGGGAACCAGAGAUCCUAAGUAAAAAAAUUUCCUGCAAGUUACAGUACAGUCAAGCUCAGAAGAGAGGCUGAGUAUUAGGCUUCAUUGUAGUCUAAGUUCACAGUCAAAAGAAACUUAGAAGGGGAGUAAAUCAAGAUGCUACUGCUAUCCUUAUUGCAGGAUCGGUGUUGCAGAGUAAACACUAGCAUAUAGAGAAAUCAGAGACAAUUAAUUGUCUCAUUACAAAUAUGGAAUCAAGAAAUUUGUAUGGUAAAGCUUAGGAAUAACUUUAGCUCUGACUCUUCUCCAUUAGCUUAUUCUGGAAUCUGAAAGGCCAAAGGAUGCAAUAUCCCCAGAGAUAUGAUCCUUUUCUCUCAAAGUUUGAAAAAGCAAGUCCAGGCUUUUUCUAAGGGAUGGUGCUGUGUAUGGGACCAAAACUGUAGUAGGUAGGGCCCUGCUUGGGAAGGACGGACUUGUAUUGACAUGGAUGUUUCCCUCUCACUUCCUCAUUGACUGGUUGUUUUCCCUCUUGCUGACUUAGAGAUUAAUGUAGAGUACUGCUCUAUCUCUGGCUGCUGCCUUUAGGGGAAUGGACUCCUCUUCCCUUGUUGGUCAGUGAAUACAUGGUGUGCUAAAACAAGAGUCGUCAUUCUGCUGUGUUCUUUCCCUCUCUCCACAGCCAGUUCUCCAGUAUGGAUAAGGAAGAAGGGAUUUUCCUGGACAGGAAAGGGGAGAUUCUUUCUUCUUCAUGGCUGUGGGAAUGAGAAGCAGAACUGUCACUUCCAGCUCUCUUUUCCCCAAAAAGCCUGUUCUUCCCACUCUUUUCUGGCCUUCCUUUCCUUAGCAUACCUCUCAUCUUUUGGGUUUCUUCCUCUCUGAUUUUACAUAUUCAGUCUCCUUAUUAGGAUCAGCUUGUCUCUGACUCGCUUGAGAGUACCAUCAGUAUGUAGACAGGUGCAGCUCUAUGAAAAUAGGUUUGAAUAAUGGGGUUAACAGUAUCACAACCUGCAGCUUUCACAAACCCGUCAGCAUGGUUCUGGGAGAAGGGGAACUAGGGUCUUCACAGCCCUUGCUCCAAGCCUGCCUUCUAAGGCUGGUCACCUGGGUGAGGAUGUUUUGGGGAUAUAAGUGGAAUGGCCAACACAGUAGCAUGAAGGCUGCUGUGUUUUAUGGAGCAGUUGUGAAGUUCAUGAAGGAACAACAAACUUGAUUUAAACCUCAUAUUCUCUUCCAGAUACUGUCUCUGAAUAGGAGGGUAUGUGAAUAAUUAACAUGUAUGUACAUGUGUGGGCAUGCAACAAUAAAAGGACUUUGCCAUG